AUUUCCUUGUGCUCCAUAUUUUUCAGGGUUGUUCUAGCACCAUUAACUAGGCAGAGAUCUUGGAACAAUGUUCCUCAACCACAUGCUAUCUUACAUUACUCUCAAAGAACCAGCAAAGGGGGUCUUCUCAUAGCUGAAGCAACGGGAGUUUCGGACACUGCUCAAGGGUAUCCAGAUACACCAGGCAUAUGGACAAAAGAACAAGUUGAAGCUUGGAAACCUAUUGUAGAUGCUGUUCAUGCUAAAGGCGGUAUCUUUUUUUGUCAGAUUUGGCAUGUGGGGAGGGUUUCAAACACGGAUUUCCAGCCAAACGGGCAAGCUCCAAUCUCUUGUACAGACAAGCCCUUGACAAGCAAUGGCAUUGAUGUUGACCAGUUCUCACCUCCCCGGUCGCUAACAACAGAUGAAAUCCCUCGAGUUGUAAAGGAUUUUAGACUUGCUGCAAGGAACGCUAUUGAAGCUGGUAUGUGA